GGUACCACAGUAGGGAUGGGAUUCAAACCAGCAACCUGUGUUACAAGUGUUGUAUUCUUAACUCUAACAGAAUGUGGUAUUCCUCAUAAUCCAAGGCCUUUUUAAUUUUGUCACAGGAGAACUAACUUUUGUUAUGUAUUAUAAUCACUAAAAAUGCAUGUAACUUGGCCUGUUUGUCGUGUUAAUUUAUUAUUUGAAUUUUCUUGGGAGGAUUGAGUUGAAAUUUUGAGUACAGCCUUUGCUGCUUACUUCUGCCGGUGUGAUGCUGAUGUCUUGACCGCUUGUGCACGCUUGUCAUUAUUAAAUUCAAUUCUGCGUUCUUCAACACUUGAUCUGCCUGUGACCCUUUGUUUGAAAAUGUAAAUACUUGUCUUGACAGGGCAAUGUUUAAACUUUUCUUUGCUAUGUGAUCAGACUUGGCGUUGGUAUACAGAUCUGAAAGGACACAGACUAUAGUUCAUAAGGUGGUGGCAUAAGACUGCUUAAAAAAAAAAAAAAAAUCAGUUGGUUAUUAAUUUCUGCCAGCCUUCCCAGAAACUGAAGCUGAUAUUGGUUGAUGAGUCUGGCCAAGUAAUACUGGCACUGAAAAUGUGCAGUUUUACAUAAAUCUCAAAUAUUAAUUAAUUAAUUAAUUAAUUAGUGUCUUCUGUGUGCAAAAGUAAUCACAGGUGGUAACGUGGCACAAUUAAUUCUGAGAUGCUUAUAAAAAUUUAUUUUGUACACACACCGUUCUAUCAGAUCAUUUUCUCAUAUCAUUAGUGAUGAGGUCAACCAAGUAGUACAGCUUUGGAGAUUCCAUUUGGUUGUGGUGAAGCCUUUGGUGUGAUGACUUUACGUUGUUGUGAGCUGCAUUGUUUUCACUGUGUCAUUUGGAUUCCCUGAGGAGGACUCUGCUGGUGUGUAUAGAAUAUGUUCCACAUCCACCAUCCCUGUGACAGUGCAGGACCUCCUUAUCGUGUACUUCUUAAGCCUCAGAGAUCUGGGAAGUGCUUUAAAAUUUUGGAAAGCCAGUCAAGUUGCUGAACCGAUGUACAUGUUUAAAUGUCUCUAACAAUCAUCUUUACUGUAUCUGUUUAUUCAUUAAAUUUAAAUGAGAGAUUAAGAUAUUGGCACAUACCAGGAGUGUUUGAGGAACUGUGGGCUUUUCCAUUAGUUUUUAUCACCUUCCAGGUCCAUGGCCUCCAAGACUCAGGUGGGCUUCAUCGGGCUAGGGAACAUGGGAAGGCCCAUGGCCAUGAACUUGCUGAAGCACGGCUACCCCCUCAUUGCCACAGACAUCUUCCCAGAUUCCUGCAAGGAACUUCAGGGCCUUGGUGCUCAGAUUUUAGACUCUCCAGCGGAGGUAGCGGAAAAUGCGGAUCGAAUCAUUACCAUGCUGCCUUCAAGCCCUAAUGUGAUUGAAGUGUACACUGGGCCCAACGGGAUUCUCAAGAAGGUCAGGAAAGGCUCUUUGCUCAUUGACUCCAGCACCAUAGACCCCUCCGUUUCCAAGGAGAUGGCAGUGGCCGCUGAGAAAAUGGGGGCUGUGUUCAUGGAUGCGCCGGUGUCUGGAGGUGUGGGAGCAGCCACCUCAGGGAAGCUGACAUUCAUGGUUGGUGGGGUGGAGGAGGAGUUUGCUGCCACCAAGGAGUUGCUGAAUUGCAUGGGGUCCAAUGUGGUGUACUGCGGCCAGGUUGGCACAGGACAGUCAGCAAAGAUCUGCAACAACAUGCUGCUCGCAAUCGGCAUGAUCGGGACAGCUGAGACCAUGAACCUUGGGAUCAGGCUAGGUCUUGAUCCAAAACUCCUGGCUAAGAUUUUGAACAUGAGCUCAGGCCGAUGCUGGUCCAGUGACACCUACAACCCUGUCCCGGGCGUCAUGGAGGGUGUGCCCUCUGCGAAAAACUACCAGGGUGGAUUUGGCACCACACUAAUGGCCAAGGACCUGGGGCUAGCUCAGAACACAGCAUCCAACACGAAGACUCCCAUCCCCCUGGGCUCCCUGGCUCACCAGAUCUACCGCAUGAUGUGUGCACGUGGCUACGCCAGCAAGGACUUCUCCUCGGUCUUCCAGUUUCUGCGUGAAGAGGAAAGUGGCCAAUAGGGGACGAACUGCAGGCUGUCCCCGCCCUACUCCAGCCGCCCGCCUCACACAGCACUAAUGUGCAUGUCACCUGACUGGAAGAGACAUGGAAGUGUUAGUAGUAGAUAUCUGAUAGAUGAUGUGAGCGCUGGAUGUUUUUGUAGUUGUCUGUUACAUGUGUGGUUCUGGUGUGUAAAAGCAGCUUAGUACUUUAGCGCAGCAUUCGCCAAUCCUCGAUCUGCCACCUCAUGGGGUAUGCAGGUCUUCCCUCCAGCAGCUGUCCUGCUAGCUUGACAAUCGGCAUUUUUUACCACUUUUUGCCACUGUACAUUUCUUAUCACAAAAUGAGUUUGCCAUUUGAAGUUUAACACUUCCUAAAAGGAUUGUGUACUUACUUUUUGUGCCAUUAAUUUAAUAAGAAUAUGCAUGAAAGUUUGCAUUGUUGAGUCAUUUUCCCAGAGGGUUGGCAACUCCUGCUCUAGUUUAAGGAAUUUCAGGUGAUUUGAGAAUAGGGAAUCAUACUGACAGAAGCAUGAUUAGUUACUGUAAUGACUGUGUGCAACUGUACACAUGGAAAGAAACUGCAUGGUUUCAUGAGGGAUGUUAUUCCAAACAUGAGUGAAUUAACCACAUUCACCAGUUCUCUUGGGCCAAGGUCCAAGGCCAUCACUCCUGGUCCUUACAGACCAUAGUAUGUGCAGUUUGUUCUUGGGACUUUAAACGGAGUGUUUGAUUACUAAUCACUGCCCAGAACUAGCUUGAGUUUGUUCUUAAUGAAAAGCUCAAGUGACUUGAAGACCUGUAGCCUAAACACUACCAUCUUCUUCAAUGUAUCCCAGUGUAAGUCCUUGCCCUUGGCCUCUACUGCAUACAUUGCAAUCCAAAAGCCACAGCAAAGCUUUUACUUGCUUAUCACAUGAGAUUUCUCUUCUUGACUGUUGCAACAGGUACAAACCAGCCAGGUUUUUCCUAAUUUGUUACACUGAAUAUUAUGAUGAAGGCUUUUUUUUUUUUUUUUUUUUUUUUUUUGUAGCUCGCUGUUUUUUAGGGCAGUAAAAUCUCUUUAUACCCUUUAAAAUACUUAUUUUAACAAGUUAAAAGAAGUUGCUGAUAAAUGUGGUUAUACAUAUUCUUACAUAACUGAUUUUUCUUCACUAAACAUGUCUUGUCACUGUUUCAGUGAAAGCAAGGAAUUUGUAUUCAGUGCAGUUACCAUAAAUGUAAAGAAUGUUAAUUCAUCCAUGGUGCCAAGACUAUUAAUUGUUAGCAGCACCAAUGUGCUGCCAACAAACUUGCUGUAUUUAAGAUGGAGAUAAUAUUGAUUAGCUGAUUCUUAUAAGAGAAUGUAAAAAGUUAGUUAAGCCUUUAGCAUCAUUUUUCUGUAAAAACAAAAAAAAAAAAAUCUAAUGUGGAAUAAAAAGGUUAAUCUACACACAUUGCCAAACAUAUAUAGUACA